GCGCAUGCGCAGACGCGUGCUCCCGGCAUCCCGCGCUCCUGACCCCGCGCCGCCAAGCUCCUUGCGGACUCCGCGGAGGGUGGGCGCCGCCGUGGGCUCCGGCCGCCGGCGGGUGUCCGCGGAGUGCCGCCCGGCGCCGCCUGCCGCCGCGGCCCAUGGGUAGAGUCAGCCGGGCGGGCCGGCAUUAAAUCAAAAAGAAGAUGUCCCUGUAUGAUGACCUGGGAGUGGAGACCAGUGAUUCAAAAACAGAAGGCUGGUCCAAAAACUUCAAACUGCUGCAGUCUCAGCUUCAGGUGAAGAAGGCCGCUCUCACCCAGGCCAAGAGCCAAAGGACAAAGCAAAGUACGGUUCUUGCCCCAGUCAUUGACCUAAAGCGAGGAGGCUCCUCAGAUGACAGGCAGAUUGUGGACACACCACCACACGUCGCCGCCGGGCUGAAGGAUCCAGUUCCCAGUGGGUUUUCUGCCGGGGAGGUUCUGAUUCCUUUAGCUGACGAGUAUGACCCUAUGUUCCCUAACGACUACGAGAAAGUAGUGAAGCGCCACAGAGAGGAGCGGCAGAGACAGCGGGAGCUGGAAAGGCAGAAGGAAAUAGAAGAGAGGGAAAAGCGGCGUAAAGACAGGCAUGAAACCAGUGGGUUUUCAAGACGACCAGAUCCAGAUUCUGAUGAAGAUGAAGAUUAUGAGCGAGAGAGGCGGAAAAGAAGUAUGGGUGGAGCUGCCAUAGCUCCACCAACUUCUCUGGUAGAGAAAGACAAAGAGUUACCUCGAGAUUUUCCUUACGAAGAGGACUCGAGACCUCGCUCACAGUCUUCCAAGGCUGCUAUCCCACCCCCGGUGUACGAAGAGCAGGACAGACCGAGGUCUCCCACGGGGCCCAGCAACUCCUUCCUUGCUAACAUGGGGGGCACAGUGGCACAUAAGAUCAUGCAGAAGUACGGCUUCCGGGAGGGCCAGGGCCUGGGGAAGCACGAGCAGGGCCUGAGCACCGCCCUGUCGGUGGAGAAGACCAGCAAGCGUGGUGGCAAGAUCAUUGUGGGUGACGCGACGGAGAAAGGUGACUCCCCAGAUGCAACCAAGAAGUCGGAUUCAAAUCCGUUAACUGAAAUACUCAAGUGUCCUACUAAAGUGGUCCUGUUACGGAACAUGGUUGGUGCAGGAGAGGUAGAUGAAGACCUGGAAGUUGAAACCAAGGAAGAAUGUGAAAAAUACGGAAAAGUUGGAAAAUGUGUGAUAUUUGAAAUCCCUGGGGCCCCAGACGAUGAAGCAGUACGGAUAUUUUUAGAAUUUGAGAGAGUGGAGUCAGCAAUUAAAGCUGUUGUUGAUCUGAAUGGGAGGUAUUUUGGUGGACGGGUGGUUAAAGCAUGUUUCUACAAUUUGGAUAAAUUCAGGGUCUUGGAUUUGGCAGAACAAGUUUGAUUUUAAGAACUAGAGCACGAGUCAUCUCCAGUGAUCCUUAAGUGAGCUACAGGCUGAGCAGAGGAGCAAAGCCACAGCCCCCACGGCUGCUGGGUGCUGAGACUCUUGGAGGGACUUCUAGGACAUAUGUUGGUUGAACCCUUUUUUAUUUUGUGGUUUUUUAAUAUAGUAUAAAAAUCCUUUAAAGAAAAAAACAAAACAAUCUGUGUGCCUCUCUGGUUGUUUCUCUUUUUUAUUACCACUUCUGGUUGAUUAUCUUUUGCUAGGAUUUCAUGAUAAUUCUCAAGUGCUUCAAUGAUGCAGCAUUUCUUGCACUAAAAGAAGUCUAGAAAGUUUUGGGAUAUGGGGUUGUAUUAAAUUAUCCUUUGUCCCCUCCCCCCCUUUAAAUAAAGCCUGCAAGUCAUGAAACUGUAGUUUCAUAAAUUCUGUAAUAAAGUAUCAUCUUGGCGGUGUGCCAGAGGUGAACAUGUCUGCUUUCUCUAACAGAGAAAUUCUUAGUGACUCCAGUCGUAGGAAACACUCUUCACAACCUGAACUAAGGCUGAAGAAUUGUGAGCAUACUGUGACCUGUGGAUAAGGAGUUUGCCAUUGAGCCAGGCAGCAGAUGGCUUGUGAUGGAUUUAUGCAGCAUGUGGGUAUAGAAAUCAUGAAUCUAGCAUUUGUUUUCAGAGAUUCAAGCAUAGUCUUUAUGGUAGAUCAGAAAUGACAAGUUAAUUCAAAACCUAGCAGGUGCAUUGUAAGUGUGUGGCCAAUUAUGUUUUGAAAAUGGCAGUUCCUUGGGGUCAUGUUUCUACUGGCAGAUUUGUGGUAGUGUUAGUUCUCUUGUAUGUAAUUUUAAAAUUUAUAAAAUUCAUCCACAUCAGCCACUUAAACUGUACUGCCAGUUAAUAUAAUUCUGGAACUGUGAGAAAUUGUACCACUGAAGUGCAACGGUAUGUGUGGCUUACUUUAGCAGGACCACAGAAAAGAAACCAUAAAAAUAUUUGGUACUGAGGUUCAUUGCCAAGGCAGGAGGUGUUUCUAGAAAAUCCCUGUGCCUGUGUUCUGUUCCUUGCUUUCCCAGAUACUCAUGUGACUUUCCUGACGUGGCAGCACAAGCCUGUGUUGUCGGUCUCGGUUAUUACACAUGACAGUAUGUGAAGGAUUGAGCAUUUCUUUGCAUCCAUGGACUUGGUUUGGAGACAUAAAGAAUAUUCUGACCCUUUUUAAAAAAGGAUUUUCUCAUGUUUUUAUUUAACAUAAAUAAAAGAAUAACAUUUUA